UUCCCCGUCUCUUUUCAGUCUUUUUCUAGUGGGCUCGUCGGGACAAGCGAGCUGCACUCGCUGCAGUCACGUGAUCCGCAGAACCGUGGUGUGGAGUUUCUCUCUCACCCCCCCUGCCUCAAUAAUAAUUUGGAAGCGUGUGCACGCGCUCCUCCUCCUCUUCGUCCUCCUCCUCCUCCUCUUCCUCUCCAUCCUCCUCUUCCUCAUCCUCCCGCAUCUUCCUCUCCUCCUUCUCCUCACCGGCUGCUGGAGGAGGGCGGGAGCGCCAAGUGUCUUGCACCGGAGCUCACAUGCAUGUCCAAUCCGCCCCCCUCCCCUCCUUCUCCGGAGCAGCCUUCCCGCAGAACUCUUCAUUUCUGUGGCUACUUCUAGUGGCUCAGGACGUGUAGCUGGGUUUUUUUUUAAUUUUUUUUAUUUUAUUUUAUAUAUUUUUAAAUUUCGUGAUUGGGUUGUGGGUUGAUCAAUCCGUUUGGACCAGUUGGAUUAUACCGGACGGCCAAGCAGUAAGGCUUCGUCCUGUUAUUUUUUUUUUUUUUUUCCUCCCCCUGUUGGUUUUUGUUUUCAUUCUUGAAUGAGCUUUUUGUGCUGCUGCAUGCCGCCAUGGAGCUGCUGCUGGUCUGUCUCUCCUUGUGGAUAUUGCAAUGCAACUCGGCCAAAGGGGACUCCAUCAUACACAUCGGUGCCAUAUUUGAGGAGAACGCCGUGAAGGAUGACGAGAUUUUCCAGCUGGCAAUCUCAGACCUGAGUCUAAACGAUGACAUCUUGCAAAGCGAGAAGAUCACGCACUCUGUCAAACUUAUCGAGCCCAACAACCCUUUCCAGGCUUUGCAGGAAGCAUGCGAGUUGAUGAACCAGGGGAUCCUGGCCUUGGUCACCUCCACGGGCUGCGCCGCCGCCAGCGCCCUGCAGUCCCUGACCGACGCCAUGCACAUCCCCCACCUGUUCAUCCAGAGGAACGGCGACGGCGUUCCGCGCACCGCCUGCCAGUUCAACCCCAGCCCGGACGGCGAGAGCUACACGCUGGCCGCCCGGCCGCCCGUCCGCAUCAGUGACGUCCUGCUCACCCUCGUCUCGGAGCUCUACUGGCAGAAGUUCAUCAUCUUCUACGAGAGUGACUACGAUAUCCGUGGCUUGCAGACCUUCAUGGACCAGGCGUCUCGACUCGGUCUGGACGUGUCCCUGCAGCGGGUGGAUCGCAACGUGAGCCGGGUCUUCAACGAUCUCUUCAACACGCUGCGCACCGAGGAACUCAACCGCUACCGGGACACUCUGCGGCGGGCCGUGCUGCUCAUGAGCCCCCGGGGAGCGCAGGUGUUCAUCCACCAGGCCGUGGAGACCAACCUGGCGUCCAAGGACAGUCACUGGGUCUACGCCAACGAGGAAGUGAGCGACAGUGACAUCAUGGAGCUGGUUCACAGCUCCCUGGGCCGUAUGACCCUCAUCCGUCAAGUGUUCCCGCUGUGGAGGGACACCAACGUCCGCUGCAUGAGGAACAAUCACCGCAUCUCGUCGCUGCUGUGUGACCCCCAGGAAGGCUACCUGCAGUCCCUGGAGGUGUCCAACCUCUACCUGUACGACAGCGUUCUGAUGCUGGCCAACGCCUUCUACAGGAAGCUGGAGGACAGGAAGUGGCACAGCAUGGCCAGCCUCAACUGCAUGAGGAAGUCCACCAAGCCCUGGAAUGGAGGAUGGUCCAUGCUGGACACCAUCCAAAAGGGGCGCAUCAGCGGCCUGACGGGACUGAUGGACUUCCGGGCGGAGGGCUCCAAUUCCCACGUGCAAUUUGAAAUUCUGGGAAGCAGCUACAGCGAGACCUUUGGGAAGGAUGUGAAACGGUUGGCAUCGUGGGACUCCACCCGGGGUCUGAACGGAAGCUUAAAGGAGAGCCGCAUCGAGAGCGGGAUGCAAGGGGUGACGCUCAAGAUCGUCACGUUGCUGGAAGAGCCUUUCGUGAUGGUGGCGGAGAACAUCCUGGGCCAGCCCAAGCGAUACAAGGGCUUCUCCAUCGAUGUCCUGGACGCCCUGGCCAAAGUCUUGGGCUUUAAGUACGACAUCUACCAAGUCGCGGACGCGAAGUACGGCGCGCCGCUCCCGAACGGGUCCUGGAACGGAAUGAUCGGAGAACUCAUCGGCAAGAAGGCGGACCUGGCCGUGUCGGCCAUCACCAUCACCCCGGAGCGCGAGCGCGUGGUGGACUUCAGCAAGCGCUACCUGGACUACUCGGUGGGCAUCCUGAUGCGCAAGUCGGAAGAAAAGAUCAACAUCUUCUCCCUGUUGGCGCCGUUCGACCUUGCCGUGUGGGCCUGCAUCGCCGCCGCCAUCCCGGUGGUGGGCGUCAUGAUCUUUCUGCUCAGGCGCAUCCAGGCCGCGCGUAGCCAGAACAACGCGGGCGGCCACCCGCAGCCAUCGCCCUCCACCUCGCUGCAGAGCGCCAUCUGGAUCGUCUACGGAGCUUUUGUCCAACAAGGCAGCGACUCCAUCUUGGGCUCGGUGGCGCUGCGCAUCGUGAUGGGCAGCUGGUGGCUCUUCACCCUCAUCGUUUGCUCGUCCUACACGGCCAACCUGGCCGCCUACCUCACCGUGUCCCGCAUGGACAACGCCGUACGGUCCUUCCAGGACCUGUCCAAGCAGGUGGACCUGGCGUACGGGACGGUGAGGGACUCGGCUGUGUACGAUUACUUCCGAGCCAAAGGCACCAACCCCCUGGAGCAGGACAGCACCUUCGCCGACCUGUGGAUGACCAUCAACAAAAACAACGGCUACGAGCACUCCGUCUCGGGCCCAUCGGAAGGCAUCAAGAAGGCGAAGCGAGAGUCGUACGCCUUCCUGUGGGACAUGGCGGUGGUGGAAUACGCCGCUCUCGCCGACGACGACUGCACGCUGACCGUCGCCGGCAACAGCAUCAGCACCAGAGGCUACGGCGUGGCUCUGCAGCACGGCAGCCCUUACAGGGACCUCUUCUCUCAGAAGAUAUUGGAGCUUCAGGAAAAAGGCGACCUGGACAUCUUGAAGCAGAAGUGGUGGCCAAAGAAGGGGCGCUGCGACCUGCAGAGCCACGCCGACGCCCAGACGGAGGGCAGGGCGCUGCACCUGCACAGUUUCGCCGGGGUCUUCUGCAUCCUGGCGGCGGGGCUGCUGCUGGCCCUGCUGGUGGCCGCCCUGGAGACCUGGUGGAACAGCAACCACUGCCGGCGAAAGGAGCCCAAAGAGGACAAAGAGGUGAACCUGGAGCAGGUCCACCAGCGUUUAAACAGCCUCCUGGACGAAGACCUGGCCCACAAGCAGCUGCCGGGCCAGUCCAUCGAGAUCUCCGCCUUAGACAUCGGCAGCAUGCAGCCCAGCCAGUCCCUGGAGGUCCUGUCGGCCAGGGAGUACCCCGCCCACCGGGGACCGCCGCCGCCGCUCUCGGUCAGCACCUUCCUCCGCGAGGGGCACGGGGCGGGCCGGACGCUGGGCGCGGUGGGCGGCCGGACCCUGCCACUGCCCCUGCCCCUCAGCAGCGCCACCAUGCCGUCCAUCCGCUGCAAACACCGAGCGCCCAACGGCGGGCUCUUCCGCCAGAGCCCCGUCAAGACGCCCAUGCCCAUGUCCUACCAGCCCGUGCCGGGGGGGGCCAUCCCGGAGGGGGAGGCCAGCCACGGGACCUCCAUCUGAGCGCUCGAGGUCACGGGCAUGAACAUUGCCAACGUCUCGGAGGGAGAUAUAAAUAGAACCUGGAAAAAAAAAAAAAAAAAAAACGUUUUUAUGACCAGUGGGGAGGCGGAGUGACAAAAAGACAGAAGAGACUCUAAUGUACAUAUUUGUAACUAUAGAGAGAGCAGAGCGACAUUACAAAGUGUAUUUUGAAUAUUCCCCAGAGUUGAGUUUAAAAAAUAAAAUUAAAAUAAAACGCAAACAAAAAAAAAAAAAACAAACAAACGGAAAAGUAUUUGGAAACCAGGACUGUUUGAAUGGCUUUGUAAAUUUUUGUUCUCAACAAAUAAAGGUGACAAUUCUUUGUGGUUGUUUUCUAAGUGCCAAGUUCCAUUUCUGUUUUCUUUUCAGAUAACUUGAAUGUACUGUGAGAAAUCAUGAUCAACAAAGACAUUUCACACUGGGAA